CUCUGGAAGGGAAGAGUGCUGUCUCCAUAGCCCGAGGCUGGCCAAACUUUCUGUUAUAAAAGCAGCUGACACUUAGCUUCACAUGUCCUCCUCUGUCAGCUCUGUCUCAGGGACGUUGGGUGAGCAAAUCUUCAGCUAUCAUGCUGUCUGAACUGGAGAAGGCCUUGGAAAACCUGGUUGAUGUCUACCACAACUACUCCUUGGUGAAAGGGAACAAGCACGCCCUCUACAAGGACGACUUUCAGAAACUCGUCACUACUGAGUGUCCUCAUUACAUGGAGAAUAAGAAUGUGGAAGCCGUGUUCAAAGAGUUGGACAUCAAUCAGGACAAUGCAGUUAACUUCGAGGAGUACCUUGUGCACUUGGUAAAGUUGGGCGUGGCAGCCCAUGCAGACAGCCACAAGCAGUAGCAGAGCUUCUGGCCCGGGGCUGGGCCCCCGGACAUGUCUACGGAAUAAUAAAGUUGUCAUACCUCA